CCCCUUUGCUCCCCCGAGGAAGGGGCUGCGUCCCCGCCAGAGUCGGAAGAGGAGCAGGAACCGAAGCAGCCCGAGAAGCAGCCCCAGCCGCCGCCUCCUCUUGCUUCUGGAUGGGCUGGGCGGGCGGGAGCGGAGCCGAGGCGCUCUCCUCCUCCUCCUGCUGCUGCUUCUCUUCCUCCUCCUCCUCCUCCUCCUCUUAGUGCCUUUCCUUCCUCCCUUCUCUCCGGGGGAGGGGAAGAGCAUGCGAGGCUGCCCCGUCCCGGCCUUUGCCUGGGCCAGGAGCCGGAGGAGAGGGCGAGGAGGAGGAGGAGGCGGCGGCGAAGAAGGAGGAGGAGACGCCGGGCGGCAGAAGCAGCAGCAGCCGCAGCCAUGGUGCCCUUCGCGGGGCCCGAGGAGGGCGCCGAGGAGCCUCCCCCGCCGGAGCCCGAGGCCGCCCCGCUCCUGCCCGGCCCCAUGGAGGUCUCCGCUUCCCCCGGAGGAGGAGGAGGAGCAGAGCUAAAUGGCAUUAAAAUGGUAGAUGAACCGAUGGAAGAGGGAGAACCAUAUUCCUAUAACGUUGAUGAAGGAAAUGUAGAAGAGAUACCCAUUACCCACCAUGUGAAAGAAGGAUGUGAAAAAGCCGAUCCUGCACAGUUUGAAUUACUUAAAGUUCUUGGUCAGGGAUCAUUUGGAAAGGUUUUCCUUGUAAGGAAAAUUAUUGGUCCCGAUGCUGGGCAGCUGUAUGCAAUGAAAGUCCUGAAGAAAGCAUCUUUGAAAGUUCGAGAUCGAGUCCGCACAAAGAUGGAGAGAGAUAUAUUAGUAGAAGUAAAUCAUCCAUUUAUUGUCAAACUGCACUAUGCCUUUCAGACUGAAGGGAAGCUAUAUUUAAUACUGGAUUUUCUCAGGGGAGGAGACGUGUUCACGAGAUUAUCCAAAGAGGUUAUGUUUACAGAGGAAGAUGUGAAAUUCUACCUCGCAGAACUGGCCCUUGCUUUGGAUCAUCUGCACAGCUUGGGGAUUGUAUACAGGGACCUGAAGCCAGAAAACAUUUUGCUUGACGAAGCAGGACAUAUCAAGUUAACAGACUUUGGCCUCAGCAAAGAAUCGGUCGACCAAGAGAAGAAAGCCUACUCCUUCUGCGGCACCGUUGAGUACAUGGCCCCUGAAGUGGUGAACCGGCGAGGCCACAACCAAAGUGCGGACUGGUGGUCGUUUGGUGUCCUCAUGUUUGAGAUGCUUACUGGUACAUUGCCAUUUCAAGGCAAAGAUCGAAAUGAAACCAUGAAUAUGAUACUUAAAGCUAAGCUUGGAAUGCCACAAUUCCUUAGUCCCGAAGCUCAGAGUCUUCUGAGGAUGUUAUUCAAAAGAAAUCCUGCAAAUCGAUUAGGAGCUGGUUCUGAUGGAGUAGAAGAAAUAAAGAGGCACCCUUUCUUUUCAACCAUUGACUGGAAUAAGUUAUACCGAAGAGAAAUUCAGCCCCCAUUUAAACCUGCUUCUGGAAGGCCAGAAGACACAUUUUGUUUUGACCCGGAAUUCACGGCAAAAACUCCAAAAGAUUCCCCUGGGGUUCCUCCUAGUGCUAACGCGCACCAGCUCUUCAAAGGCUUUAGCUUUGUUGCAACGACUGCCAUCGAAGACCACAAAAUCUCCCCUCUCAACAAUAUAUUGCCAAUAGUACAGCAACUUCAUGGGAACAGUGCACUGUUUACAGAUGCUUACGAACUCAAGGAGGACAUUGGUGUUGGCUCGUACUCAGUGUGUAAACGUUGUAUUCACAUAGUUUCAAACAUGGAGUUUGCCGUAAAGAUAAUUGACAAGAGUAAACGAGACCCCUCAGAAGAAAUUGAGAUUCUGAUGCGUUAUGGACAGCACCCUAAUAUCAUUACAUUAAAAGAUGUAUACGAUGAUGGUAAAUACAUCUACCUUGUCACCGAAUUGAUGAAGGGAGGGGAGCUGCUGGAUCGCAUUCUUCGACAAAAGUGCUUUUCGGAACGGGAAGCGAGUGCUGUGUUAUAUACGAUCACUAAAACAGUAGACUACCUUCAUUGUCAAGGAGUAGUGCAUCGAGAUCUGAAGCCCAGUAAUAUUUUGUAUAUGGACGAUUCCAAUAACGCCGAUUCCAUCCGGAUCUGUGAUUUCGGUUUUGCCAAACAGCUUCGGGGGGAGAACGGGCUUCUCCUAACUCCAUGCUACACAGCCAACUUUGUUGCACCAGAGGUUCUCAUGAGACAGGGAUAUGAUGCUGCUUGUGAUAUAUGGAGCCUGGGUGUCCUCCUUUAUACCAUGUUGGCCGGGUAUACUCCUUUUGCCAAUGGUCCCAAUGACACCCCUGAGGAAAUCCUCUUACGGAUAGGCAGUGGGAAUUUUUCUUUAAGCGGAGGAAACUGGGAUACGGUUUCAGAUGCAGCAAAGGAUUUGCUGUCUCAUAUGCUACAUGUAGAUCCACAUCAACGAUACACCGCGGAGCAAGUGCUUAAACAUUCAUGGAUCGCCUGCAGGGACCAGCUGCCGCAUUACCAGCUAAAUAGGCAAGAUGCGCCACAUCUAGUAAAGGGAGCGAUGGCUGCUACAUAUUCUGCACUGAACAACAAGACAUUUCAGCCUGUGUUGGAGCCUGUCGCAGCUUCAAGCUUAGCUCAACGGCGGAGCAUGAAAAAGCUAACGUCAACGGACUUAUAGAUCCUCUGGGACGCUUAGCCAAAACGGAGCAGGGGAAAAACAAUCCAAUAAGUGGCUCUGCGUCUGCCUCGCCUGUGGUUUCAAAGGCAUCUACAUGUUCCUUCUGCACUACUUGAAUUCUGUUUGAAGAAAGGAGGGAAAACAAACUGUCCGUAGGUUCACGGUGGAUUCAUAAUGCUUUUUUGCAGGAAGUGUCAGCGGUUCAUUUGAAGCAAAGCGUCAGGGCACAUGGCAACACCCGUGAGGAGUUCCCGUACACAGUCCUUUUCCGAGAUCUAUUGCGUUGUGUUAAUACUUUUAAAUAAUGUAUAGUUUUUGCCCAGUUUAUUAAAAUAAUAUGGUUUAGCGGACCAUAGACACUGCUUCAAGUUGUAAAUUUAAAACUGAACAAAAAAGUCAGUGUUUAGUAUUUUUGCUAUCUUAUCUGGCCCUAUUGUAAAGAGAAAAAAAAGAGAUGACACGUAUGUGCUAUAGUUUUGUAAAUGGGUUCCUCUACCAAUGAACUCCAUUCACAUAAAUGGAUAGAUAUAAUGAGACAAAGACAACAGAAAAGAAUAUGUCUGUGCAAAACGCACAAGUGCAAGGAAGCCCUAGACCUGCAAUUGAAGAAAGUGUGCAAAAAGUACCGGCUGUGAACCUGCACUUCAAUUAAUAGUAUGAAAAGCAUUGUUAUGACCUGUAGGAUUGGUUGGUUGGCUGGAUGGGGAGUGCCUUCAUUUUAAGGCUGUGGAGUAGUGGUGGUAGUUAGGAUAAUAACUAGUUAUAUUUUUUAUCAUACGUAUGGCAUCUCCGUCCUUGGAGGUGCCCAGGAAAAGGGUUAAGUGUCCGUCGGGUAUGCUUUAGGUAUAGAAUAAAACAUUUAGGUAUAGAAUAUCCUAGGGCUGUGAGUUGAUUUAGAUGAGUCCCCUACAACAAUAUGAUCCUCCUGUGACAAGGGAUUAAACGUGUUCCAUUAUCGGUGUACAUUUCCGUAACAUGAGCUGUGCCCUCUUCAUUCGCUGUCGAAGGGCUAAAGUCGUGUCUGCACUGAGAUUAUGAAUCAUAGAAUAAGCCCUCCGGAGAGAGAACCUAAAGAAUGGCUGGUUUCACUUAAGUCAGGCAAUUGAAGCGACCUUAGUAAUUCACUGUGCUCUUGGUUUCUUUCCCCUUUCGUUCCAUUAUUUGGGCAGGGUUUGUUUUUGUUUUUUCAUUUAAUUCAUCCUGAAUUGUAAGAUAUACUGAUGUUUUUAUUACAUACCAUAUUUCACGAUGGCUUUUAUUUAUUCGCCCUUAAUAGAAAAAAAAGUUCUAAAAUGUCAUUUUUCAGACACUUUAUAAAGAUUUUAAAGCUAAA